GUAAAACAAAUAGUAAAAAGUGCGUGACGAAAUGCAUUUGGAGGUUUCAUUGUUGCACUUGUGAUAGGAGGACAAAAUUGUUGCCAACCUGAUGAUUACGACGCUCCCACUCUUGUCAAACCGUUACCAACAGUAAAAGUACACUGUUCGAUUGUAGCAAAACCAUGUGCUUAAAACCCGUAUGUAACACUUGCAUAAAAUGAGGACUUCGUUACUAUGUCUCGAGUAUGUUUUCAUUUUGGCUUUGUGCAGUAGAGGUCUCGUGUGCGAAGAUGCGGCGCCGACGCCACCACCCAGUGCCCCAAUCGGUGAAAAUGUUUCAUCAGACAGUAUUCAAGACAGCAAAAAAACGAUUGAAAGUGAAAAAAGUGACGAUGUAAUUCGCGGUUUAGAACCAAGUGCGGACGUUGUGAGUAAUUUCAAUGAAAAGACCGAAGACACUUUACAAGUGUUCGCCGAAGCGACUUCCCAGAAUUCAGGGGUUGCCAAUGAUCUAACAACAAGCGGGCAGCCGGUGGUUGUGACACUUUCGGACGUCGCCACCGCCGAGCUCCAACAACGCGCCAUACUUCCUAGUCAAGACACACCCCCUGAGCCCCAAUCCACCAAUCACACCUUCAAACUCAACCAAUCAAGAUCUGAUUUACCCACUGUUAAAGACAACCUAACUGAAGAAAUUCCCUCGUUUUCUGAAUGGGCGCAGAAGCAACUUCAAGAAGCCGAAAAAAACAAAUCCAACACCUCCACACAUCACCCCAACGGCAACAAACAAGCCUCAGGGGCGAAGCUCCGCUGGAAAAACUACGCAUCGUUGGAUUGUGGCGCCAAAGUGGUGGCUUCCAAUCCAGAGGCUGUGAGCCCUAGCGCUAUCUUGAGCCCCUCACGUGAUGAGUACAAACUCAACACUUGUACAAGUCGUAUUUGGUUUAUUGUCGAAUUAUGCGAAGCAAUUCAAGCCAAAAAAAUCGAUUUGGCUAAUUUUGAAUUAUUUUCUUCGUCGCCGAAAGAUUUUGCGGUUUUCGUAAGCGAUCGGUUUCCGACACGUGAAUGGUCAAAUGUUGGCCAUUUCACGGCGAAGGAUGAACGCGACGUGCAAAGUUUCGACCUUCAUCCGCACCUCUUCGGGAAAUAUAUCAAAGUCGAGGUGAAAAGCCACUACGGUUCGGAACACUAUUGUCCGAUUUCGCUGUUUCGCGUUUAUGGGACUUCGGAAUUUGAGGUUUUGCAAAAGGAGGAUCAAGCACACGAGGAUCGAGGUGAUGAUGAUGACGAUGAUGACGGCUCACUUGAUUUGGAAAAUGGUGAUGCGCGGAAGAAUUUAUUCAGUUCGGCGACGGAUGCUGUCAUUUCGAUGGUGAAAAAAGCGGCUGAGGUUUUGGGAAAUAAGGGGAAUUACAGCAAUCAGACUGAAAUUUUAAAUAACACCAAGCAGGCCGUGCCUUUGGUUCGGGUGUGUACGUCACCGAGUCAUCUAGUCGUUUGUGAUAACUGCAGCGAUGCCCUCUUUGGGCGUGUUUAUGAACUAUUGAGUUGUCACGACUCACAAAUUUGGGGUUUAAUUAAUUUAGCGUUUAUUCGCAAUGUGCUGGUUGAGUCAAGCUUAUGCCAAAAAUUUGGUUUUUGUAAAGUUAGCGAUAAGUUUGAGGCGCAUGCCAAAUAUAUUGAAGCGCUAUUUCCGGAAUAUUUGCUAGGCGCCAUGUGCAACAUGGCCGCCGUUUACCAAAACAAAGUCGUACUUAACGUAAGUAAUCAUUCGAAUGAUACGAUCAUUGAUGAUGAUCAAAUGAUAAAUAUCGAAACGUCGGAACCACAUGUACUUCCCCUCGAGACGACGCGAAAAGAACCGGAAGUUACCGAUGCCUUGUCAUUGCAAAAAUCGGAAGCCGUGUCGACGCCAUCUUUACCAAUUGUCACCCUGACGUCACAAAUCAAGCCUACUAAAACUUUGAAUUCGGAAUCGGAUUCAAGACAAAGUAAUACUGAGGCGAGUUCAGUCCGAAGUGAGAUUAAGUCAAUUGUGACGUCAACUGAACCGGUCCAGUCUAACUUAACCGAACCGGAGGAACCAGAAGUGGAAAAUGUGACUGAAAGUGUGGAAUUAGAUGACCCACUUGAUGCGGCGACACCACAGGCUCAGAAAGAAUCGGUUUUUUUGCGCCUUUCUAACCGAAUUAAAGCCCUGGAGCGCAACAUGUCCCUCUCAGGCCAAUACCUCGAAGAGUUGAGUAAACGAUACAAGAAACAAGUCGAGGAGAUACAAAAACUCCUCGACAAAACAAUACUCAGUUUAAACGAAGAAAGUCAGAAGAAAGACGAAAGGAACAAACAGUUGGAGGAGCGACUUAACGUGCUAACCUCAAAUUUAGAGGCCCUUUUGGCCGAACGCAGGAGCUGGUCCUCGACCAUUUCCUGCGUCGUCAUUUCCUCUCUAGUCACUUUAUUUAUUGUUACUUUUUGCUGUAAAAUCCCCGAACCGGUGGCGGCGAGACGGCCCGAGUUAAAACGACGAAAAUCGAUUGAUGUUGUACAACACACCGCCCCCAAGAAAAAACGGCGUCCCAGUGACCAAGCUUUAAAGAUCGUCCGGUCGUCAAUGGAAGCUAGUGAUAAUUUGAGGAAGAAAAAGAAGAGGAAGAAUAUGCUGAGGCGAUCGAAUUCGAUUAGUACGCUUGGGGGGGAGGAGAAAAAGGCGUGGCCUGAGGCGGGGUCUAUUGACUGGGUGGAGGGGAAGCGGUUUGAAGAAGUGCCGUUUGUGUUGGAGGAAAGUGAGCACUCGACAUUGGAACCAAUCGCAUUGGAAGAGAAAAUCGCGCCGCCUAGUUUUGUGCAAACGGCGGUGAUGGCGAGGGCGGUGCGAGUCAACGGCGAGGCGAAGAGGGAGGAGAAUGGGGGCGUGGCAGUUGAAGGAACGCCCAAGAAGGAGAAGAAGGGGUUGAAGAGGAUUUUUAGGAAGGUGUUUUAAGACUGAUUGUAGGCGUUUUUAAGUUAGUUGAGUUAUUUAUAAAGGUAAUAUAUUUUUGUGUAUUUAUUUAGGAAUUCCUUUUUGAGGCCUGUGAUAAAAUUUAUUUUUUAAACCGACAUCGUAGAUGUUGCAUAUUUGUAAAUUUUAAUUUGCAUUGCCUGAUAAUAGAGAUCUACAAAGUA